GAUGCAUCCAUCAUAUGGCACAUUUGCAGGUUCCUCUCCAGCAAGACAGGCACUUUUAGGUGUGCUCGGCCAGCUUUCUUGAGCUCGCCCUCGUGUCGCAAUAGAGGGGCAAGCGUAUCUUCCGCUCAUUAUCGAUCCAUCUUCAUGGCGGACCUCUGUAUUGUCCUGAUAUAGGCACUUGUAUAUCUGUCUGCGCGUCUUGCUUGCAGCGUUCACAUGCGUUAUUUUCGAGGAAGCGGUAUCUCGGUUUCAGACAAACUGGAAGCAGGACGCUUUGCCUCUUCCUCCCACUAAGUUCGUGACGAUACUCUAACGCCGCCCUUUGCGUAAGAUGUUCCCUCUUUCAGCGUUCAUUGCGUCAAGCAUAUACCUCGCUCAGGUCCAUGCUUUCACCAGCUCUAACUAUGAUAACGUCGCAGUGUACUGGGGCCAGAAUUCUUACGGCGCUGCCAAUCCUACCGGGACGGCCGGGUUCCAACAACCGAUUUCGUACUACUGCCAAGAUGACGCAAUCGAUGCCAUACCCGUUGCAUUCGUGAACACUUUCUUCGGUACUGGUGGGCUACCCUCUAUGAACCUCGCCAACACAUGUAACCCCACGGACAACGCCACUUUCCCUGGCACCGGACUUGCAAACUGUUCUGCUUUGGCAUCCGACAUCGAAUACUGCCAGGCUCAGGGGAAGAUCGUCACUAUUUCCCUUGGUGGUGCAGGUGGCAGUGUCGGUUUCACGGAUGAUACUGAGGCACAGACCUUUGCUCAAACUAUUUGGGACCUUUACUUGGGUGGAACCAGCACCACCAGGCCUUUCGGAGCUGCGGUCCUUGAUGGUGUUGACCUGGACAUCGAAAACGGCGGAUCUACAGGUUACGCUGCCUUCGUCACCGAGAUACGUAGCUUGUCUAGCGGCGCCAGCAAGCCAUACUACAUCACAGCUGCACCCCAAUGCCCAUUCCCGGACCAGAACCUUGGUUCUGUGAUCGAUCAAGUUGGUUUCGAUGCUAUCUACGUCCAGUUCUACAACAACGUGUGCGGACUCCAGAACUACAAUGUCGUCGCAGACUGGGACUUUGGAACAUGGGACAUGUGGGCCAGCCAAGUUAGCCCCAACCCCGAUGUCAAAAUCUACGUCGGUGCACCCGCUUCCAGUACAGCUGCAGGAACAGGUUACCAAUCCAUCUCCAAUCUCAGCACGAUCGCCACAACUAUGCGUAAAAGCUUCCCAUCGUUUGGUGGAGUGAUGCUGUGGGAUGCAUCUCAAGCAUACGAUAACGAUCGUUACGAUCUUGGGAUCAAGAACGCCCUUGUUGCUGCUGGAGCCACCGGAUUCACUUAUCCUGCUUGCACUGCCCCUGCUUAUGUCUCGGGCAGUGAUUACACUGGAGGCUCACAAGUUUCGUACAAUGGCUAUAUGUGGCAGGCUGACUACUGGACCAAUGCUACCCCUAGUAACUCGAGCAGCGGCGAUUGGAGUGCCAUUAGUGUGUGUACUGGAACGUCCACUGCGACACCAACGUCCACCAGCAGUGCUGCAUCUACGAGCGCUACUUCGAGCACGGCCUGCAGUGGCAUAGCCGCUUGGUCAUCUUCAGCUGUUUACACUGCAGGAGAUGAAGUAUCUUACAACGGAAACAUCUACACGGCUAACUACUGGACGGAGAGCAACAUUCCAUCUGGUACUUCUGGAAGCUGGACUGAAGUUAGCUCUUGCACGACUACCACCGCGGCUCGAAUGAUGUCGCGAUUCUUCAGGUUCUAAGUCUGCACGUGCUGAAAAGGAGAAAUAGGAGAAUACGACGUUUACGUUUUCGCGAGAUUCUUUUUGCGCUCAUUUGCAGUGCCCCCGGAUCUCCGUUGUAUGACUCGUGACAAAUGACUGAAUGAGAAGUGAUGGAAUGAGAAGUGAUGGAAUGAGAAGUGAUGAAAGGAGCAAUGAGGGAUUCUAUAUGGUUAUGAAUCCGCGAUGAUUUGGGUUACGCCUUUUUGUUUUUUUAUUAAAUUUUGGGAUCAAUAAAUUCAUUAAUACUCUC